CGCUCCUUCCUACAUAAUGACGAUAACGGGGAAAGGGGGAUGUGAAUGGAAGGCAGGUUGGGCGAAACUGGCAAAGGAAACUGCACUAGCACAUCCCGUCUGCCGCCAUCAACCCGUCAGUGGCCUUGCCGUGCCUGUGCGUGCGCUGCUACUUGUAACUCAACCUCAACACCAUCAACAACGGCCUCUCCUCUCACCCCUUUCCCUUUUCUGUCUUUCGCGACCUAGCAACCGCUUCUCUACAUACAUGAUAGAAUCAUUAGUCUUCAUCUUCAUUCUCCUCCUGUGUUCUGUCUAGACCUUGUUGGGAAUGCCCUCGUGUUCGAUGAUCGAGUCUCUUGAUCCAGUAUCACAUCUACUCAGAAAAUCAUCAACAAUACUCCUCGGAGUCAAUCUUUCUCAACACAGCGUCUAUUAGAGCAUAUACACAACGGCGUAAAUCCCCUCGUCAUCGCGAUACACUCUCGUCGCCAGCGUCCAAUAUUCGAUACGGUUGUCUGCUACAGCACACAAUACGUGAAAAUCCAUCAUGUUUUCUAACCUCAUUGGUCACACUCGGGCCUUUCUCACUCACGGGAACUCUAAUGAUCACAUCGGUACUGACGUUUGCGACUUCGAUCAAACCCCUCCUCCAAGUUCACGCGCAUCCGUGGACAUGUCAAGAAGCGAGGAUAUGGGAUCAGAGGCUAUCAAAGAGUUAAAAACGAACCAUGACUCGGCAUCUCUUAGGCAUCUGAAAUCACCAUUAACCGAUUCAGAAGUUUCUAGCACAAAUAAGCCGACACCUCUUGGGAAGACUCGGCAAUCCACACCCUCGGCAGAAACAACAAAUACACUGGGCGCUAUACCUGGCCCCCCUUACCACAAAACUUCUUUUUCACAAGGCGGGAUGACAAUACAGCACAGUCCUUUAGAAUCUUCGGUGGGAGGCCUGAAUGAUCACGAAGUUGAAGAUGUUCGACGGACUACAGGGAUUCUGUGCGCCGAUAAUGGCCUAACUUUAGAGUCAUCACCAGGCGAGAUCGGCCAGCGAUCAACUUUGGAGCAGGACUCGCGUAGAUCAAGGAGUAUCUUAUCGAACAAAGACUAG